AUGGACCAAUCACUGGCCAAUUACACCAACAACAAGGCCUUAUCAUCAUCUAACCCCGAUAAAAGGCUCUUAACAGGCACCAACCCCUUAACAAGCACCAAUCCUUUAACAGGGACCAAUUCAGCCAUAAAUCCAAUGCAGCAACUGCCACACCAACAGCAGCACCUUAUGGGUCCUAUGACUAACCCAGUGUCUCAGCAGCUGCUGGGCUUGGCAGGUAACCCAAUGCAGCAGCAGCUGGGCAUGACAGGUAACCCAAUGCAGCAGCUGAUGGGUCCCAAAAACAACCCGAUGCUGAAUUCUAUGAUGAACCCGUUGCAUACCCCGAUGCACCAUCAGAUGACCAGUCCUGUACACAAUCAAACGGUGCAGCAGCUAAACAGAGGUGACAGAAACUCCAUCUUCAGUGCAUCGGAUGACAAUGUGAUCAUGAAGCAAGUGUUUGAUACCCAUCUCCCUGAUGGCACCGAUGUUGAUGUCAAACCUCUUCUCCAUAUUGUGGAGGAUAUCCUCAAAUAUGCCACCAUCCAUGCUGAUUCAACUUCAAUGGUUGAACAUACAGAUGUUACCAAACUGGAGAACAAACCCCAUCAAACCAAUGCCGUUAUGAUGCUUAAUUCAUUGUCACAUAUAAUUGACAAACUUGCUUGCGAGAUGUCGUUCAAGUGCUUGAGUGGUGGGGAUGGACACACAACAGCCCUUGCACUAUUUCACACUGUGGGGAACUUCCACUGGGACGCGAAGUUGGUAUUGACCCUCUCAGCUUUUGCUCUGAACUAUGGGGAAUUUUGGCUUCUAGCUCAAAUUUACUCAUCAAACCAACUCGCAAGAUCAAUGGCAAUUCUUAGGCAAGUACCAAUGAUCAUGGAACAUUCAGCCCCAUUGAAACCUCGGUUCGACAUCCUCAACAAACUCAUCCGCUCUGUCCUCGAACUAACCCAGUGCAUCAUCCAUUUCAAGGAUCUCCCAUCUAUGUACAUUAGUUCUGAUGUACCAGCCAUGGCCUCAGCAAUGAAUACCAUUCCUACUGCUGUUUACUGGAACAUCAGAGGGAUCAUCGCUUGUGCUGCACAGAUUACAAGCCUCACCAGCAUGGGACACGAGUACGGGAUAUCAUCCACAGAGUUGCAGUCAUGGGAACUAUCCACCUUAAUCCUGAAGAUCAACCACAUACUUGAGUUUCUGAAGAAACAACUGGAAAAUUGUCAUCGUGUUGUAGGAGACAGGAAGGAGAUGGAUUUCAGGAACUCAUUCAAUCAGUUAUUCGAUACAAUCCAUAUCGACAACAUGAAAAUCCUCAAGAUCUUAAUUAGUCCAAGGGAUGACAUAUUGCCACUUUUUGAUGGCUCCACUAAGCAAAGGGUCAAGCUAGAGGUUCUGAGGAAAAGGAAUGUAUUGUUGCUGAUAUCAGGGCUAGACAUGUCCCCCGAUGAGCUUUCGAUUCUAGAGCAAAUUUACAGCGAGUCCCGCAUUCAAGGGACUAGGAUGGAUGCUUUGUAUGAGGUGGUGUGGAUGCCUAUUGUGGACCCAUCUGUAGAGUACACCGAAGCAAUGGACAGAAAAUUCGAGGAGAUGAGGAACAGUAUGCCAUGGUACUCAGUGUACCACCCUUCCAUCAUCGACAGGGCGGUGAAAAGAUCCAUUGGAGAUAGGUGGCACUUUAGGAGCAAGCCCAUCCUUGUGGUGCUGGAUCCACAGGGAAGGGAGUUGAGCCCUAAUGCCAUCCACAUGAUGUGGAUUUGGGGAAGCAAUGCCUUCUCUUUCACCAGCGCCAGAGAGGAAGCAUUGUGGAGGGAAGAAACUUGGAGGCUAGAGUUGCUAGUCAGUGGAAUGGACCCAACCAUACUGAACUGGAUAAGAGACGACAAAUACAUCUGCUUGUAUGGAGGGGAUGACAUUGAGUGGAUUCGCAAAUUCACGAACACGGCUCGGGCCAUGGCAACUGCUGCACGCAUCCCAUUAGAGAUGGCUUAUGUUGGGAAAAGCAAGAAAAAAGAAAAUGUCCGUAGGGCAAUAGCCACCAUCAACCAGGAGAAGCUUAGUUACUGCUGGCAAGAUACCACCCUGAUCUGGUUCUUCUGGACACGGAUAGAGAGCAUGUUGUUCUCUAAGAUCCAACUCAGGAGGGCUGAUGAUCAAGACCUCAUAAUGCUACAGAUCAAGAAACUACUGAGCUAUGACAAGGAUGGAUCAUGGGCUUUGUUUUGUAGAGGAUCACAGAUUCUGACCAAUGGACAUGGAUCCACCAUGUUGCAAACCCCUGCUGACUUUGACCUUUGGAAGGAUAACAUCCCCACAAGGGGGUUCGAUGCGGCAUUUACAGACCACCAUGACAAGCUUCACGGUGCAGCUAAUAAUUGCUGCCGCUUCGAGUUUCCCAUCACAGCAGGUAGAAUCCCAGAAGGCAUGAGUUGCCCUGAGUGCCAUCGCUCCAUGGAAAAAUACAUUGCUUUCCUUUGUUGCCAUGACCAAACUGGUCUUCUUGAACCCAUAUUAAGCUAGCAACAUCGAUGCACAUCUACCAAUCUGGCAGCCUCUGGCGCUGGUUACUAUUAGUAAGUGAAUAAACAGUGGCACAUGUAUGUUGUCACUUUUCUGUUGUAUUGAUAAAAUUACAGUGUUUUCAGUGUGCAAUCCUUUUUCACCCGAGUGUAACCUAGUGGGUUUAAUCUGCUGCAUUAGUUAGACCCACUUUUGAUGUAAUAAAAUAUUUUAUGAGUCUUGAUAAAGCUUCUGUC